UGGAGUGGUAGGUGGAUACUUAAGGCGCGGCAACCGCGGUUGCGGCAGUGCGCCCAACAGCGGACUCCGAGAGACUAGCGGACCUCGGCGAACCCGCGGCCUUCGGCAGCACUCGCUCUCAACCACCUGCCCAGCAUUCUCGGAACCAUGGCGGCAGUGGCGGCAGCCUCGGCUGAACUCCUCAUCAUCGGCUGGUACAUUUUCCGCGUGCUGCUGCAGGUGUUCCUGGAAUGCUGCAUUUACUGGGUAGGAUUCGCUUUUCGAAAUCCUCCAGGGACCCAGCCCAUUGCAAGAAGUGAGGUGUUCAGGUACUCCCUGCAGAAGCUGGCAUACACCGUGUCGAGGACCGGGCGGCAGGUGUUGGGAGAGCGCCGGCGAGCCCCCAACUGAGGCCCCAGCCCCCAGCCCUGGGCGGCCUUGUCACCAGGUGCUCCUGUGCAUCUCGCCCAGCACAGGAGCCAGUGCCGCGCAGGAAUGGGGGGUCCCCUGUGCUCUCUCGCCAGAGGAGCACUUGCCAAGGUCAGUGAGGGGCUGGUAGGCCCCCGGAGAAGCAGCACCGGCAAUGAAGACAAUACCAGAUCCUUUCCCAGCCCCUUUGCACCCCUCCCACUGCGUGGUAGGGUGGGGGGUGGGGGGUGCGGGGAGCAGACCUCUGAGAUUUGGGCAUAGGCAUUCUGAUCUGGACCAAGUCGGGACAGGGACAUCUCAGCCCCACAGCCACGGCCAUGCCAGCGGGACCCACCACAGAGAUGAAGACAACCAUACCAGCCAGCAGAAUGGACAUUCCAUCAUCACCAGCCAGUAGCCCUGAAUCUCCGAACAGCAGACAAGGCACCAACUUCGUGCCUCUGUGGCGGGACUGGAGGGCGUUGGUGAAGGAGGAGGAGGGUUAAGAAAUAGAGGGGGGCCCUCUCAGGGUCCCUUGCCACCGCACGCACGUGCAUUCCAGCCUUGCUGCCUUUGCUCCCUCAAUUCCCCCUUCCCCCUCACUGCCCCCCAAGCACACCCCACCUGAAAGAAAUGUGUCACUCAAUUCGGAACUAUUCAACAAGUAGACGAAUCCCAUCUUUACCAAAACACCUUCUCUGAGCCCCCAGCCCCUCACUGAUCUUGCUUUUCCCUGGUCUCACGCAAUUGUGGUCAAUAUUGUGGUAAUCGCUAAUUGUACUGAUUGUAUAAGUGUGCAUUAUUAGUUGUGUUUCCCCAGCUAGAUUGUAAGCUCCUGGAGGACAGGGACCACCUCUACAAAAAAUAAAAAACCAGUACCCCCCCUGUCUCGCAGUGUCCCAGGACCCUGUGGGGCGGUGGAGGCACACCAAAAA